AUGGCGGACGUAAAGGACUUGAAAUUGUAAGUUAUUUCGUCGAUUAUAGGUUAUUUACUCCUUAAAGUAAACCGUUAGAUGGAGUAAUUUUGAACAUUUUUAUAAUCAAAUGUUUUAGGGAAAUAUCUGUGCCUUUCUGCACGGAAACUGAAGCGCAAAUUGCCUGCAAUUCCCUCUCUGUCGAUCCAGAGCCGAAGCGUGGAGGUGUCAAGAAAGAACUUAUUGUGAAGGGAAAUGUGUUACAAGCGUAAGUAUUUCCUUGUUUAAUUAAAAUGUGGUGUGAUUUCCUCAGUUCUGUGAAGUCCCAUCUAUGUCCCAUCGGCGUAGCUUUGGUUGAUUUGAUAAUGCAUCAAGCCCUAUUUUUGCGUUUCCAGAUUGGUAACAAUAGAGGCUUAAAAAAAUUUCAAUGAGAUGAUACCAUGUUCUUAUUAAAUUAUUUAUUUUUUUCGAGAAAUCUUUUUUUUUUUUACUUUCUGGUCUAAUGACCUUUACUAGGAAUUUCACCAUGCCUUCAUGGGUGUCUUGAAAACAAAGACCCCCAAGACCUCCUAACACCCCAUCCGAAUAGAGUACUAAAGUGAUGACGUCAUAAAAAUGAAAUUUCUGAAAUUGUGGGAUUUGUCCGGAUAUUCUGAAAGAACAAUGUCCAAGGGGCCUACCUGCCAAAAAUGAGCAUUUCGGGGCAAAUUGUCUCUGAGAUCGUAGCCCAGUUAUGCUUAGAAAACUCCAUACAAACCCUUCUAAUUUUUCUUGGGUCGACCCAAAAACGCAAUUAGUGAUAUGCCGGGUGAGUCAAUAAAGAGUCGCGUCGGUGAAGAAUAGCCAACAGCAUCUUGGAAAUGAGGCCAAUGUUACUUUGCGCAAAAACAUCAACCUUGUUCCCAGGCUACUUUCUCACUUUCACACGAUGUUAUGUUUUUGAUGGUGUCACCUUUAUUAGGAAGAUUUUUGGUGUCUUUUCAUUUACAAUCUGCAAUCUGUGGUCCGCAUUCUGCAGUCUGCAGUCUGCAGUCUGCAGUCUGCGGUCUGCAGUCUGCAGUCUGCCGUCUGCGGUCUGCAGUCUGCAGUCUGCAGUCUGCAGUCUGCGGUCUGCAGUCUGCAGUCUGCCGUCUGCAGUCUGCAAAUGUCAUACACCGCCAUUUAGGUCAUUAUACUGGGCAAACUGAACUGAAGGUUGAUUCACUCAGUUUCCUAACCCUGAUCAAUAAAGUUCAGAGUCAUUCGGACAGGUUCUUAAGGGGUCUUGGGGGUCUUGGGGUCUUUGUUUUCAAGAUACCCCGCCUUCACUGUAUUAAUAAGUUACUCUUCUUGUCAAUUGAAAUGUUAUUGUAUUUAAAUAUUUCAUUGUUAAGUCCCCUUUUCACCCCUUGCUUUGUUGCACACAAUAAAGAACUUCAAUUAUUCCUAAUUUUUAACAGGUCCAUGUCAUCUUCUGAAGCCAAAACACUGAGAGUUUGUGCCAACUCAUUUCUCGACCAUUUAUCUUUGGUUGUGGAGACAAUUGAAGCAUUUGGACCACCAAUGGAAGAGUCGUGA